AUGUCCCAACAGACAGAUCUUCAAUGGCACCAAGUUAGCCCCGGUCGCUGGGAGCGUGGCAUCGACGAGGUCGAACAGUUUUAUACCUCCCUGGCGAAAUCGUAUGAAGGCAGUAGGCGCAACUUCUUCGCCAUCACUGGCUUCGUUUCAUUCUCGGUCAAGAUAGACGACGGUGUUUCUCCAGAAGAAACCAGGGAAAAGGUUGAAAAUGCCCUGCGCAAGGCAUGGGUGCAUUUGCGUUUCGACCACCCGACCAUUGCGUCCUGGGUAGAAUGGGAUUUCGACCGCAAGCGCUGCAAAAAGGUAUACGAAUCUUCCGCCGGGCAGGAGACGCUUCAGUCGUGGCUGGAAACCACAUUCCUCACCGUAUCAAAUGGCGUCUCCGGGCUGGAAUGGUGCAAUUCAGAUCCUCCGGUACCUAAACUACCGACUCUCUUUUUGAUAUGGCCGUCGCCUCGCGUCGAAGCCCUGCUCCAGGGUGAUCUUGUACUCCGCGUGCAUCACGACAUCAUCGACGGCGUUGGGACACUGAUGCUAUUUGAUAAUUUGUUUGCUCACGCGGCAAGGGCCUAUAAUCGAGGGUCUAAUUAUCCUCUCCCUUGCUUUGGAAUAGAACACGGAAAUCUGAGUCCCCCGUUCCGGGUAGCGGCGGGCCUGCAGCCAAGCAUGUCUCCCGAGCAGGCAGAGAAAUUCGAGUCGAUCAUGGCUUACAACGCGUUCAUGAAGCAGGAUCGUAUAGAGAUUGCUAGCCUUCCCUUUAAGAGGGGAGAACACCUCCCUGGGAAACAUCAGAGGGUCGCAGUCACACUUCCCGCUCAGCAAACGGUAGCCAUUCUCAGCGCCUGUCGACGGCUAGGCCUGAGUGUAACGCAUGCAUACCACGCAGCAAUUGUGAUGGCGGUGCGCGACCUCCAGGAACGCCGCGAUAGCGAACGCCUAGUCAGAUAUAUCAAUUAUAGUUUGAUCAACGAGCGCGGACAUUGCUUGAGCCCGUACGAUACGCCUCUCCAUGCUGCGGCAGUCUACCACUCCGUUUCAUGCAGGCUUCUCAUUGUUGAUACCACGGUUCCGAGUAUAACCGACAGCUCGAGUCCGACAGAGGUGAACAGAGAGGAGUUUCUAAGGGUCGCGAAGACUGUCAGGGAGUUCUACCACGAAAUGAGAAGGGACAAAGAUCACAUUCAAAUGAUACCGUCGUGGUACACCAGUAACACUAUUCCCUAUCCGCACGAUGAUGUCACGCCACCAGUUCCGGAACCGAAUGAGUCGCCGUCAGUUUCAAUCUCCAGUCUGGGUGUGGUCGACAAUUUGGUCAGCCCUUCACAUGGGGCAUUCGAGUUGGAUACCCCUUGGGUGACUGGAGAGGAACUGGGAACGGGGCUCGGCCUAUUUCUGGGGACCUGGAAGGGGGUGCUGACACUGACUGCGGCAUACAAUGAUGCAUGGCAUGGGAAGGAAGAGGUAGUGAGGCUUAUCGACCGAUGCAAUGUUAUUGUUGUCCAGGGACUGGGCGUUGAGCAACAAAUAUGA